AUGGCGAGCGGUUGUCACUCUCCUUCUCCAGAAUCACCUGGCCCUCAACCGAUAAGAAGACUCCACGAGUGCCUCAUCAACCUAAUUCCAGCAGGCAAAAUCAUACAUGGACUCGCUUCUGCGUUAAAAGAGCUGCUGGAAAAUAGCCUCAAUGACGGGUCUACUUCUAUUCAAGUCACCGUCAAGGAUGGCGGUAAGAAGCUGCUUCAGAUUCAGGACAAUGGCUGUGGUAUUCGUCUCGCUGAGCGUUUUACUACCUCCAAAUUGACCACCUUUUCACAAGCUGACUACUUACGGGAGGCUCUGCCAUCUAUAUCACAUGUCGCGCACCCGACAGUGCCCAUGAAGACCAAGUCAACCAACUGUGCUCGGAAAGCUGCUUACGUUGAUGGCGGUCUCGUCCCGUCGCAAGCGGGAUUGGAGACUUCAAUGGGUGCCAUCAUGCGCCACUACAUCCAGAAAGUCAUCGCGUACUCAUUGUUUUGGCAUCUUUGA